AGCAGUCGUUGGUGUAUAUUUUAAUUUGUAUGAAACCGGUUUAUUUUUGACGUGCAAUGCCUCACUGAAUAGACGUUGAGAAUAAUAAUCCUACACGACGGCGACUCCUUGUGGCUGAUGAAUAGUGAGGCCGUGCGUUGAGCUGGCUGCAGAGGCUGUCUGUUGUGAGCCAUUGUUUGUAGCCAGGUUAAUUAACACGGUGGGUGGUAGCGAGCCUGGGCAAUUCUUGGCAAAAGCAUCAAGGUUGCAGUCAUGCCAAGCCUGAAGCUAAUAUCUGCGACCGACACACAGUAUUCAACGACUGUGCUAAAGUCGAUGAAUGAGCAACGCAAUCAUGGAUUGUUUUGCGAUGUUACUAUCAUCAUCCAGGAUAGGAAGUUUAGAGCGCACAAAACAAUCCUGUCCGCCUCAAGUACAUAUUUCCACCAGCUGUUCACUGUCGCCGGGCAAGUGAUCGAGUUGAACUUCAUCAGGCCGGAAGUCUUCGAGGAGAUUCUCAACUAUAUUUACAGUUCCAAGAUUGUCCGUGUCCGCUCUGACAUGCUUGAGGAGCUCAUAAAUGCUGGACAGAUACUGGGAGUCAAGUUCAUCGCAAACUUGGGUUCACCAUUGUCGCAUGUUAAGGGGCUGCCCGGUUUGUCCAAGGAGACGGAAAGCAAAAGUGACACACCCCCAGAGGUGAUGCCAAUCAUCACAGAGUCCUUCUCAAUAUCUGCAGAGGAAUUUAAUCAGGCAAACAAAGCAGCUGGUAAUGGCGAGGACUCAGAUGAAGAAGUUCAGUUUGUCUCACAUACCGAUGCUAAAACUCAGGAAAAGACAAACGAGGUAAUUGAUUUGGAUAAAGCUGAUUCAGAAAUUAGCACAUCAAAAGAAAAGGUAGAAACAAAUAAUACAAGUGCAAAACAUAAAGAUGGAAACAAAAGCCCCCCGAGAACACAAGCUGCAAAGCCUCCUAGUGUCAGUUGUCCUAAACCCAGUUUCCCAGACAGCAGCCCUCUGCGCAGCCCAGACAGCAGCACCAACAAUUCACCUUCUCCUGCCAGAGUUUCCUCAGGAAGCGCUCCCACGACACCAGCCAGAUUGAGCAAUUUCGCCCCCGAGCCAUCGGGUGCUUCUCAGUCCUCUGACAACAGUGACAUAAUGUGCGUCCACAAGAAGCAAGUCUCAACUUCAUCUCAACAAGGAGAUUUAAAAAUAAGGCUCAUGGAUAUGUCUGGGAGCUCCGCGAUUCCAGCCAACAUUCCCACAUCUACUAUAACAGCAAAAAAGACGGUGACUCUCAAUACAGCCACGGAGAUUGAUUCCAUUUCAUCAGGCUGUAAAGUGUACGCAAAUAUCGGAGAGAAUACUUAUGACAUUGUCCCUGUGAAGGAAGACCCUGGUGAAGGAGGCUCUAAAGUUAACAAAGGGAAGAGAUCUUUAAUGGCGACGCCCUUGAAACCUCUCGAUAAAACACCCGUUUCACCCAAAGCCGGGCCGAACAAGAAGAAGGCCAAAACGGAGCUCGAGGAUCACUACGAGCUGAUCAUGGACGGAAAGACUUUCUACGUCUGCAUCGUCUGCAAGCGCCCCUACGUGUGUCUGCCGAGCCUGCGUCGUCACUUCAACACUCACUCGUGGGAAAAGAAAUACCCGUGUCGCUACUGCAACAAGGUCUUCGCUCUGGCCGAGUACAGAACUAAACACGAAAUCCAUCACACGGGCGAGAGGCGGUACCAGUGCUUGUUGUGCAAUGAAACGUUCCUUAACUAUCAGCUCCUCUCCGCUCACUGCAAACAAGCCCACAAUCAGGAUCCCUGUGGGAGGAAAGAGAAAGACGACAAAGACAACAACUUGUACCGCCUGCUGCCGUGUAAAACGGUGCAGAUGAAGUCGUACUCAUGGACUACUGACGGCCCGGGGGUCCCUGUCAUAUCGGAGGACGGCAGCGUCCAUCACAUAACCGCGGUCGGCGAAACCGUCCACUCUUCCACCCAAAGCAGGAUGUUAAACUGGGACGAUAUCUUUGUUGAGCCCGAUGCUCAAGUGCCGCCCAACAACCGAAUACAACCGGGGCCGACGAUAAACACGCCUCCUCAGGGAGCCACAGAGUUUGACUUUGUAAUACCAGAGACCUACUGAGCGACACUCACUGCUCCUCAUUACCUGUGCCUUUUCGGUGGCCCCUUUCUUCUGGUUUAACUCCGUAACAAACCUUUUUAGUGUAAUUGUCGAUAGUGUCAGCUUUAGGUGCACAUUAGUCUCUCAGUUCAGUCAAAUUAUUGGAAUUCAGAUAAGCAGCCAGAUGGAAAUGUAAUAUGACUGUACCUUUCGCUCAUGUUACUUUGCUUUAAUUGCAACAGUAUGAAAUGAGCAAAAAUCAAACUUAGAAGUGGUUCACACUGUAAAAUCAUGAGUUUAUAUGAGUGAUACAAGUUCCAUGCACAAACCAGAAACUCAAGAGCGUAAAGACUGUAAUGACCUCACAUGAGACGUUUGAAUCAUGGCCUCUGUUGUUUCAGCAGCGGGUUUUUAACAUGUAGGACAUGUAGCCUAAAACAGUCGCAGAUGUUUAAGCAGCCAGCUGAGGCCCAUUUCAUAAAAUGGAAACGGGGUUACCUAUUUAAAGUGUGAGACCUCUGUUUUCUUGUGUAACCAGGUGACCUUUUUUCUUCUGGUCAGGCUACAUUCUCAUUUAUAGCUUCCACAGACCCGUACCGUCUAAUGAAAUAAAGACUGAUCAUUCCAGUGUUUUCUUUACAUCUAUUGUGCAAAAGAGAAUUUUAUAUAUUAUUUUGUUUUCAUGUGUUUGUUGGCAGUGCCACAUUUAGAAAACUUGUGGCAGAGAAGAUUUUUACUUUUGUCAGUGGCUUCCUUUGUCUGUCACUGUAUUUUUUGAUACAUCUGUACAUUUUUUUUUUCUCCUUUCAAUUGUUAUUUCUUCAUUUAAAUGCUAUUUUCAUGCCAGUAUCGGCCUGCCUACGGUAUGUGGCAUGGGCUAGAGGUUUUGAAUGGAAAUGAGCUGAUAGGAUGUAAGGAGAUGAUCAAACUCCAUACAUAGAGCACUUAUAGAGGUGAAUCAGGCAAAAUAUGGUUGUUUUUUUUUUUUUUUGAUAAUAUUUUUAUCCAUUUUGUCAGGUUAGUGGGGUUAGUACUAGCAAAUUAGUGCUAACAUCUGUGUCGUGUCAUUCAGUUUAAAUCAUGCAGGUUCGUUUUUCAAUAAACAGAUUACUGGUGUACUCUAA